UUGUGGUGGGAUGAUGAGGUACGGGUGGAAGUUGAAUCAAAGAAGAAAGCAUGGUUAGAUUUACUAGCAACCAAAGCUGGUAAUUUUUCUGGUAUGAAUGAUGAGAUUGAAAGAAAAAAGGCAGAAUUUAGACGUCUAAAUAAGAAAGUAAAAGAAGUUUUUGAAAGGAAAAAGAAAGAAAGAACGGAUAAGAAUGAUAGAAGGAUAUCUGAUAAUUUCCAGGUUAACAUAAAAAUGUUCUGGAAACUCGUAGGAACUGCCAGGGGAAAUACAAAACAGCCUAUAAUGAAUGCUAUAAGAGACGAGAAUGGAUGUAUUCUGAAUGAUGAAGCUACGAAUUUAAACAGAUGGAAGGAAUACUUUGAAAGCGUGUUUAUGAGUAAAGUGUCGUCUGAAUUAAAUGAACUAGAAAUUCCGAAAGAAGUGGAAAGGGGUAUGGAGAUAAGUGUAGAUGAAAUAAUGAAAGCAAUGAAAAGCAUGAAAGCAGGUAAGGCAGCAACUCGAGAUGCUAAGGGCUGGAGAGGGAGUGGUGGCAGACCUGCUGUACACCUUGUUUAA